AUGGUGUUGAAAGGCAUGUUUGUCACAAACGGAGAUGUUUGGAAAGCCAUUGUUUGUUCUCUCACCAUUUGGUUCAGCGGUGGUGUUUGGAAAACCGCCAGUUGUUCUCCCGCCAUUUGGUAUAGCAGCGGUGUUUGCGAGAAAACCGGUAUACCACUGACGUCGUCCACCAUUUGUGGUGUUAUGCUGCUUAAGAUCAAUGUCAGCUGUCUUGUUUGCACAGAGGUGCUUUGUGCCAUUACGGCGGCAGAGGAAACUGGUCCUUCGACAGUCGACCUCCAUAACUCGUUUGUUGGAGCAGUGGUUAUCAUCGAUCCUCCCUCUUGA